AUGACUGAAGAGUUAACCAAAGAACAAAAGUUCUAUCAAUACGUACGUGAUUUGCCCGAGGAAAAAUUGAACCAAAUAAGGGGCAAUCCACAAGCAGUAUUGCAAUUAUACGACAACUACCCGGAAGGAUUUAUGAAUAUUGGUCUUUACAAAGGUGAGGUUAUACUUAAAGAAAUUAAAAAGAAGAACCCCGAAGUUAUGAUUGAAUUAGGUGGUUAUUUAGGAUAUUCAGCUAUUUUAUUUGGAGGCCAAUUACAAGAAUUGAACAAGGCUGCAAAGUAUUAUUCUUUUGAAGCCAACCCUGAUUAUGCUAAAAUUGCCACUCAUAUGCUUGAAUUAGCUGGUGUUCUGAAUGUGGAAAUUAUCAUUGGCAAAGCUUCUUUCACUUUACCUGAGUUCAGAGAACGUAUUUUUGAAGACAAGUAUUCCCCAUUGAAUUUUAUUUUCAUUGAUCAUUGGAAAGAUUUAUAUGUGCCGGAUUUGAGAGUAUUGGAAUCUCUUAAUUUGAUUGCACCAGGAACUGUAAUUGCUGCUGAUAAUAUCUAUCAUCCUGGUGCUCCAGAUUAUGUUACAUAUGUCAACAUGUCGCCUGAAGAAAAGAACAUAUUUAACCAGCACAAUAAAAAUCCCGAGGGUAAGCAAUACACGGGAAGAUGGAAUAUUUUGUAUAAAACUGAAACAAUUCCAGUGACCAACCCAAAGAGUGGGUUCAGUGAUGCUGUUGAAAUUACCAAAUGUGUAGAUUUUUUGUCGGGCUAA